UUUUUUUUUUUUAUUUUUUAAAAGAAAUCCCCUUUUUUCUCUAAAUUUCCCCACGUUCCUCUUUGGUCCCCUCUCUCUCUCUAUCUCUUUGUUGUUGACAAGUAGUAUGAGCCAAACACCAACAACACCCUUAUCACCUACUCCUUUGAAUACGUCAUUCUUUAAUGUAUUUAUGAACAACAAUGCUAGUGUAAGCACCAGUUUUCUUCAACAACAAGACGGCCUUGUCUCACCUACCAAGGAAGAGAUUUCCACUAUCUUUGUAGUAGGAUUUCCGGAGGAUAUGCAAGAGCGGGAAUUUCAGAACAUGUUUAUGUUCUCACCGGGCUUCGAAGCAGCCACACUUAAAGUUCCUUCAAAGGAUGGGGAAGAAGAAUUUAUGAUGAACGGUAAUAAUGGGAGAAAACAAAUUAUCGGAUUUGCAAAAUUCCGUACUCGUAAAGAGGCCAUAGAUGCUCGAGAUAUCUUAAAUGGACGCAAAGUAGACAACGAGAAAAACUCUAUGUUGAAGGCAGAAAUGGCUAAAAAGAAUUUGCAUACCAAAAGAGGCUUUCUUACAGAACAACCACAACCCUCACAGUCAACACAAAUACAACCACUACCACAGCAACAACCACAACAACCACAACCACAAUUACAGCAGCAUCAACUACAACAACAGCUGCAACAGCUUCAAAUCUUGCAGCAGCAACAAUCGCCUUCCACUUCUCGUUUUCCUCAAAACAGUUCUGCAGCAGCUUACGAAGCAUUUUAUUCUGUUCCACAUCCAGUUCCUAAUGAGCUGAUGUCGCCCAAUGAGAGCUACUCCGAUUUCUAUUCCGACAUGAUGUCGCCACCACCCGACUCAGCUUUCAGUAUCGCUCGCUCUCAAUCAGUAGAUGCCAGAUCAAUGGAUUUAUUUGUGAAGCCUUCUGUCUCCAACAGCCGAUUUAGUCAUGCUCUUCAUGGGAGAUUUGCAGCUCCCUCUUCUAAUAUACAUGAUGGACUAGACUAUCUCUCUAAAUCAACGCCCACUACCGAUCGGAGUACAACAUUCCAAGCCAUGAACACAUUUUUUGCUAAUAAUCCUCACAAUCAUAGCAGCAGUUUAACAUCACCUACAAGCACAACUACAUCCACAACAGCAACCCCCACUUCUACUUCUAAUGGCCUAAAUAGAGUCAUGGAAGAAAACAAUUAUUAUUUCAACCAUCCGCAUCAUGAAUCUAUCAUUACACGCUUUCAUCCACUCAACUCAUCUUCUUCUACACCACCCAAGUCUUCUUCUCCUCCACCUCCACCAGGUAUAAUAUCACCUACUAACAGCUAUCGCAGUCUGGGUGGUAUGCUGGUCGGUAGUUCUAACCCAGCAGAUCAAAACCCACCUUGCAAUACACUUUAUGUUGGUAAUUUGCCACCUAAUACCAACGAAGACGAAUUAAAAGCCAUGUUUUCGAAAUGUGCUGGAUACAAGCGAUUGUCAUUUAGAAACAAAUCAAAUGGGCCCAUGUGCUUUGUCGAAUUUGAAGAUGCCAUUUAUGCUGCACAAGCUUUGCAAGAACUUCAUGGAAAUCCUUUAAGUAAUUCUAUAAAAGGUGGUAUACGCUUGUCUUUUAGUAAAAAUCCUUUAGGCGUACGUCAAAACCCUGCCAACAGUAAUAAUAGCUUUUCCAUGAUCAGCGCUUUUAAUAGAAGAGAAAGCAUUACAACCUCCAAUUUUGAUCCUCAACUUUCCUAAACUUCAUAUACAACAUUUAAUCACAUAUCUAUAAUUAUUGUAUAAUCUUCAGCAUUUCUUCACCUCCUUUUCUUUAUUGCAUAUUUUUCCUGGCUUCGAGGGUUUUUCCUUUUCUAUUUUAUUUCGCCACACCUUUUGUUGAAUAAACAUUUUAAAUGAAACCAACUUUCUCCUUCCGAUAUACAAAUAAAAAUUUGAAGGUCAUACCGAAAAGGG